ACAAAAUACUAGGUGGGCUGUCGAAUUUACCGAAGUAUCACGCUUGUGAAGGAAAACCGCAACUGUUACACAUGUACUGUAGGAUAGGGUAGGUCUGUACCUACAGCAUCAUGGCAUCUGCAGUCACACCAUUUAGGACUCCGGGCACUACCCCAUGGCCAUCAAGACGUCAUAUGCCAUACACAAAGACGCCAACAUCCAGAAGAUUAACUUGUAAAACUCAUCGAAGGUUUCCAAGACUACGUAAUGAAAGGUUACAAGUUUCAAGAAUCAAAGAGCUUGUUGACAAGACAUGGAAAGUUUAUAAAGCAACUCCUUUUUUUAACUUCUCUUACAAAUCAGAAGGACUGAAAAGAUAUUCACGACAUUUAUCUGCUCAUUUAGAGGCUGAAAGUAGCAAGAACAUAGUUGAUGUGGAGGGGGAGUUAGGUGAACAUGGAACAUUUGAAAUCAUGAACGGCGUUGCACUCAGUGAAAGUGAUGUGGAGGCUGUUGAAAUCACUGUCAAAACUAAAAAGCAAAAUGGCAACGAAGAUGGUAAAGUUGUACUGAUCGGUGUGCUGUGUUCUGUGGAAAUAGCUGAAGAAUGUGUUAUUAAAAACAAACAAUUCACUAAUUUACCAGUGUUUUUAGUCAAAGGCAAUGUUGCUGUCACUAGACAUGUGAUAAAUUUCUUACAGGCACAAUUUGAUUCCAAUAUUAUCGCAAUGCAUUUCCCUCCAAUGGAACUUGCCUGGAUGAUAGCCAUGUGGACGGGAUUUAUCCCAGAUGCUGAAGAAUCCAAUGUGGCUACCUCAAGGAACAUCCCACUUGAACUUGUGUACCGUGUUCCUGAAGAGAUUGAAGGUCUAAGGACAAUCACAAUGACAAUAAGAGCACAAGAUGCCAAGAAAAUGUGGAAAUGUGUGCAUAAUGCAGAUUCUGAAGAAUUCACCAAUGAAGAGAUGAAUUCUUUUAUACAUGGAAUAGAACAACAUUUUUAUUAUCACUUCAAAAUUAAACUGGCUGCAAUGUCAUUACAUACAAUAAGGUGCAGCAUUGCGUCUGUAGACACUGAUGGAAGGUUAAAGAUAUUGUCAAACACAAGUGUUCAUGAAGUCCUUCGGCAUGUCACUCAACUCAUAGUUGACAGUAUGCCACCCAGCAUUUGUGUAUCGUAAACAAAUAUUCUUCUAGAAUUCUAUAUAUUUCAAACAUGCCACAUUAGAAUGUUAUUAUAGAUUUUCAAAUCUUGAAUAUAAGUCUUCUUUUUUAAUAUCCACUAUUUUUCAAACAUAUAUGUCUACCUGUUUGGUUGAAUGAUUCAAGAUGGCUGCCCGGAAGCUAUUUUUUAAAACUUUUCUAAUUUAUCAUUUCUAUGUC